AUGAGUACACAUGUUUAUACAACAAAAUUUAAUCCAACAGAUGUUCAAAUAAAAACAUGGUCUGUACAACGAGCAUUAGAUCCAUUAGUUGUUGAGGUAACUUCAUUAAUAUCUGAACAACCAUCAAAUAUAAAAAAAGGUCGUUCAAAACAAGCUCAUCAAUUAGUUGAAAAUGUUAUUCAAGCAACAGAAAAUUUUAUUAAUAAAGCUGGUGAAAUUGCUCAUGAAAAUCCUCAUAUGCGUAAUGAUUUAUUACAAAGUAUGAAAGAAGUUAAACGAGCAGGUGAUGAAAUGGUUGUUUUAUCAAGAGAAUUUGCUGAUGAUUCAUGUUCAAAAAUAAAACGUGAAAAAAUGAUUAAUGCUGCACGAGCUUUACUUACAUCAGUUACACAUUUACUUAUCUUAGCUGAUCUUGUUGAUGUACAAACUAUUUUAAAAUCUAUUCGUUUGGUUGAAGAUGAUUUACAACAUAUUUAUAAUGCAUCAAAUCAAGAAGAAUUAAUUCAUUAUUAUAAACAAUAUGGUAAAGAUAUUAAUGAUUUAAAUCAUCAUACACAACGACGACAACAAGAUUUAGUUGAUCGAACUGAACAAGAAAAUUUAGCUACUGCACGUGCUACAUUAAAACGAUCAUCAAUGAUGUUAUUUACAUCAUCAAAAACUUAUUUACGUCAUCCUGAAAUACCUUCUGCACGUGAAAAUCGUGAUUUUAUUCAUAAUCAAUUACGUCAUACUGUUAAAAUGAUUUCUUCCAUAACACAAGGACAAUUUGAAACAUCAACAUAUAAUUCAUCAUUAAAUACAAUUGGAGAUUUAACAAGAGCAUUAAAUGAAUUCGAUAAUAUAAUUAUGAUGAAACCACAAAAAUUUAAUGAACAAAUUAUUCGACCACAACUUGAAGGACGUCUUGAAGAUAUAAUAUCAGGUGCAGCCUUACUUGCUGAUUCAUUAUCGACAAGAGAAGAUCGUCGUGAUAAAAUUGUACAAGAAUGUAAUUCAGUUCGACAAGCUUUACAAGAACUACUUGAUGAAUAUAUUAAAUAUUCGAAAAAGAAAAGUUCAGAUGAAAAUGUUAAUGAAAAAAUUCAAUUAAUGCAAACAAAAACUCGUGAUUUACGAAAACAAAAAAAAAAAAUGUAUGUGUAUCUAUGUGCUGGUAAUCCAAAUCCAAUACAUAAAAGUACAAGUAUUAAAUUAUAUCGAGAAUCAUCAUUAUCAUCAAUAGAAUCAUUUGAAUGUUCUUAUUUAACACCUACAGAUACUGAUGAUACAUCGCUUCGAAAAGCAGUUGUUGAUCAUGUUAGUGAUACAUUUGUAGCUACUAAUGUUCCACUUCUUGCUUUAAUCGAUGCAGCACGACGUGGUAAUACUCAAUUAGUUGAAGAAACUGCUCGAAUCUUUAUAGAACAUGCAACUAAAUUAAUUGAAGUUGCUAAUGUUGUAUGUUCAAUGUCGGAUUCUAUUGAAGGUAUAAAAUUAGUUCGUUUAACUGCAAAACAAAUUGAAAAUCUUUCACCACAAGUUGUAAAUGCUGCACGAAUACUUGCUGCACGUUCAACAUCAAAAGUAGCUCUGGAAAAUAUGGAUAUAUUUCGUGAUACAUGGGAAAAACAUGUUCGCUUAUUAACUGAUGCUGUUGAUGAAAUAACAAAAAUUGAAGAUUUUCUUGCUAUUUCUGAAAAUCAUAUACUUGAAGAUAUUAAUUCAUGUAUUCAAGCUAUGGUUGAACGAAAUUCAGAUCGUGUUGAUCGUACAGCAGGAGCUAUUCGAGGACGAUCAAUGCGUGUUAUUGAUGUUGUUACUGCUGAAAUGGAAAAAUAUGAACCAGGAGAAUAUACUGGAACUGUUAUGGAAAGUGUUCGUGUUCUACGAGAUCACAUUAUGCCAAAUUUUGUUGAAAGAAUUCAAAUAGCUAUUGACAUUCUUCGAAUGAAACCUUUACAAGAUAAUAGAACAUAUGAAUUAACUGAACAAGAAUUAAUCGAAGUAUCAAGUAAUAUUUAUCAUUGCAUACGUGAUAUUCGUAAUAGUGUAUUAAUGAAUCCGGAUCUUGAAUGGCCAAGUGAUGAUGAUGAAGGUUUAAAUGAAGAAAUUUAUGCUCAAUCUCAAGCAUCAAGUUAUGGACCAUCAUCCGAUGGUCAACAAGUAGUUGAUCUUGAAAUGUAUCCAGGCAAAAAUGAUAAUCCAAGUCGAGAUUUGAUGAGACGAUUACCAAAAGAAGAACGUGAACAAAUUGAAAUUCAAGUUGAAGGUUUUAAAAAAACAAAACGUGAUUUUGAACGUGAAGUACUUAAAUGGGAUGAUCGUGGUAAUGAUAUAAUUGUUCUUGCUAAAAAAAUGUGUAUGAUUAUGAUGGAAAUGACUGAUUUUACUCGUGGUCGUGGACCAUUACGUACAACAAUGGAUGUAAUUAAUGCAGCUAAAAUGAUAUCUGAAUGUGGAUCAAAAUUAAAUAAAUUAGCUAAAGAUAUUGCAGCUCAAUGUGUUGAAUCUCAAUCAAAAUCUGAUCUUGUUGCUUAUGUUGAUCGUAUUACUCUCUAUUGUCAUCAAUUGGAUAUAACAAGUAAAGUUAAAGCUGAUGUACAAAAUAUAAGUGGUGAAUUAAUUGUUAGUGGACUUGAUAGUGCAACUUCAUUGAUAACUGCAGCAAAAAAUUUAAUGAAUGCUGUUGUACUUACAGUUAAAGCAUCGUAUAUUGCUUCAACAAAAUAUCGUAAUAAAUCGGGCAAUAAAGAACCGAUUGUUCAAUGGAAAAUGCGUUUACCAGAAAAGAAACCAUUGGUAUUAAAUGAUCGACAGAAUGAAUUAGAUUCACGAAUAAGAAAAGGUUCGGCUAAAACACGACUUGAACCAUUACAUGUUCUGAGUCAAUUUCAAAAUUAA